UGAAGAUCAAAUGCUGGAAUCUGCUGUAGCCUCAAGCUCUCAUCAGCAACAGCAAAUGUCUCUGGAAGGACCUUUGGUUCCAGAUUUUCUGAGUGCGACCAAUCCAUGCUCCACACCACCUGAUGAUUCCUUUUCUGUUUCCUCUGUUCCUUUGUCAUCCUUUCCUAAUGCCUCCCCUGUUUCAAUAGCUACUUCCUCUCCAAACAACUUCUCUUCUCCUGUAAUCUCCUCUUCAGCGCUUCAACCACCUGCCCGCCCCUACAGUCCUAUUUCUCCUCCACCACCAUUCCUUUACAGCUCUGUCUCUCCCUCCGUUCCUUUACCAUGCCCCAUCCCUCGCACACCUGCCGAGUCUUCUAGACCUAUAACUCCUCCUUCCAGUGAGUCUGAACCCCCUCCUGUGUAUGAACCCAUCUCUCCAAUACCUGCAUCUGCCCACCAGGACUCGCCCAUUAUUGGUCUUUUUUGUUCCUCUACCCCUCUUGCUGCUGUCAAGUCAAACUAUCACAUGGAGAGUAAAGAAGCGUUAGAUGUGUCCAUGCUUAAAGAAGAGAGGAAGACAGUAGACACUGUACCACCACCACACACAUUCAGUCUGCCUAGGCUACCCCCAGUAAUGGGACAAAGCCAUGCUUGUGUGUUUCUUAACGUGAGAGGAAUUUUGAACACGGAGCCAAUUAUAGGUCUGUCCAAUAUAGUGGAGUGCAGAAGAAUAUCACAGCGCACUUUUUUUCUGUGUCUGAACUGUGCUGAAACUAUAAGCAGAGAGGGUAUCUGUGACCAUAUGACUAGUGAGCAGCACCUGUAUUUGUCUGUUAGACAUCAGUAUCCUAAGAUAUUCCAGGACUGGAAGGUACAGACCGAUAAAAAGACUAUUCGUGAUGUGGCUUGGGAAGUGGCCUCACGGGAGAAGUUGUUAGAUGCUAGGGUCAUCAAGCUUGAUCAAAUGCAGUAUCAGUCUCUGCGUUCUGCAAACUUUCAGGAUGCAAUUGAAAUACUACAGAGAAUGUAUGGACCAGAGCAGAAUGAAAACUCUCCAUCAACACACAUCACAGACCAUGAUCCGACAAACAGGGAUGUUGAUGGUUUGCAGGGUGAUCAGAGCAGGACUGUCAUCAACAGCCCCACUAGGGAACAGCUGCAGCAGAGUCUAAGAUCUCCAAAAGCUUUUCCAGAGAGCAGUGUGCAGACAAAACACUCCCAGCAUGAGUCUACAUUACAAAUGGGUCUGACAGCAAAAUCUGACUGCAAAAAUGCUGGGCGUCAGUCUUCUGAGCCACACAUUGAAAGAACACGGGAAAGUCCUCUCAUAACUGAGCAGCCAGGUUUACAACAAGGGGCACCUGCACACUCUUUGUCCAAUACAAUCACAAUCAAACAAGAGAAACCUGAUAAUUAUGAGGUGGUGGUGCUCACUCCUACUGUAGAAACACCAAGUCCCAUAGGAGCUGCAGGGAAUUCUUCAAAACACACAACUGACCUGAUGGAAUUUGUAAACAUCAGAACAGAUGCAGCAGAUGCAGUGGUUGGUCUGAGCUCAGUAAUUGAGUGCAGAAGUGAAGGUCAAGUUCCAUUGUACUUAUGUGUCUCCUGCUCCAGCAAACUCAACCAUGACCUCAUCAUCAGCCACCUGCUGAAGUGUGGCCACCGUUAUAGUUACCUGAAAGCUCGGUACCCCUCAAUGAUCGAGGAUUGGUCUGAUUCUGAUAGUAGAUCUCAGAGGUCCACUAAACUCAUGUGGCUUGCUCACAAAGUAAAGACUUCAUCCUGUGAUGAGCCUGGUCAGUUACAGAAAAUGAAUUUGAAUUGUGUGGACUUCAAGACAAUAAAAAGCUUGCCCUUUGAAAAAGCCAUCAUGCAAUUACAGAAGAUUAGAAUGCUGCAGAAACUAAGUCCUCUACAAACAAACAUUGUACCAAAGAUCACACCAGUUUUGGUAAAACAGGAGAGGAUGGAGAUGGAGGUGACAGCUCAAGACUUACCACACCUGGUUGAUUCAUCUGAAUGCAAUUCAAAGAAGCCAAAGAAAGCUGCUAAGCGUAGGGUUGUUGAACAAGAUUCAUCUCAUCAGUCAUCCAUGAACAAAUCCCUCAGUCAUCUAAAAGAUUUAAAACAGAAUAACCCUAAUCUUUUUGAGUAUCCAGUUAAACGAAAGAAGAGCUCUGAAGAUCCAUCCACACCAUCCACACUUCCUGAGACCUCCCCAAGUUCUUUAGGAGGUCUAGCCCCUGAUUUUCAAACUUAUUUGCAAAAGCCAGAAAAAUCUGCUAAAUGCAGUGAAGUUCAUCAAGGUUUAUCUCAUCAAGCAUCUAGAGAAAAAUCCUCUGAUAAUCCCUCCUGUCACCUGAAACACUCCUCCUCAAUAGACAAUAGUCUGGAUCUCUCUAAAUCCCCAAGGGAGAAGAUCUUCAAUAGAUCUUCUGACCAUUUUUCACAACUACAUAAGGAGCCUUUCAUGACACCAGUUCAUUCCGAUAGAUCACUGCCAUCCUGUGGUACAUCUACAGUUCCAGAGAUUUCCCCGACCACCUCAGGUGGUUCUCAGAAUCAUACAAAGGCACAAAAGGAUUGUUCUGAAAAUGGUGAGGUGCAAAACUCACCCACCCUCUUAACUCAGGAUAAAAAGCUAAGCUGUGAAACUGGUACAAUUCAGGUUCUCCCAUCCAUGGAAGGAAAGAAAAUUGCUCGACUGUCUGAGAAAAGGCCACUAGUUAAAAUGAGAUCAAGUGAGAACUGGAAUUAUGAAAACCGACAGUUUAGCUUAGAACCACUUGAUAAAAUUCAUUCAACCCCAGUGGCUGAUGUCUCAAAUAUAGCAUUGGCUAAUAACAGGCAAUACAUGUCAGAUGCAACACAAAGCUAUAAUAAUGAGCUCAAUCCCCACUAUGAAUGGAAAAUUCCUGGUAAUGACUUAGACUCGGGUGUAGAAAAUGGUUGUGACUCAUCUUUACCAGUUAAAGAUGAUACUACCAACUUAACAUACCCCAUGUAUCUUUCUAUGGCCACUGGGAAUAGCACAGCAUCUGUCACCAGUCAUGUGAUACCUGAACAUGCUAUUCCUUAUCAAUAUUCUAUAUUUAAGCAGUCCGAUUACCCUCCAACUACUGGUGUUGCGGUACCAAGUUAUGCAGUAAAUAUAGAUGCCCCAGCUGCUCAGGGUGCAAUUUCUGCAGAUGGCAGCCACCUUCCUGUCACAGCUUAUGCAUCACAAACACUUUAUCAGUCUCAGCAUGUUUACCUUCCUGUUCCGUUAAUUCAGAACCCAGAAGCAUACCAUGGCUACUAUGCCUACUCUCCAUACAAUCAGACACUUCAGCUGAAUCAAACAGCAUCGAGCAUCAGUGGGAGUGACACCUCUUGUACUUCUACGUUUGGACAUGGUGAUGGACUUUACCCAUUGUUAAGAUGGCCACUAAAUCGUGACGAGUGAUUAGCUGUUAGAAAUGAGAAAUGUUCUAACAAAGAGGAAGAAAUGAAGAAGAAACUGACUUAUAAACCAGUUUAAAAGCAAUAAGCCAGCCAGUUACGCUUUUAUUUAGUCUUAAAGAUGACAUAUUUGUUAAUUGUUCAUGUUUGCAUAAGGUUUACAGUUCUUUUUUUUGAUAAGAUACGUCAGAUACAGCAGUUCAAAGGCGAGAAGACCUUUAUCUUUUGUUUUAAAAAAUAAGACAAUCAGGUUAGAUUCUUUUAACUUGUUUUACCAACAGUAUUAUUAAUGUAAAUAUUUCAUGAAAGAAUGUAUGAUUCCUGAUCUACAGUUUGAGAUUUAUUUUUCUAUUUUCUUUGUGUGUGUUAUUUUU